AUGGUGGUCCUCCGCAGCAGCCUGGAGCUGCACAGCCGCUCUGCCGCCUCAGCCGCCGACUCCUUGGACCUGUCCAACGAAUUCCUCAGUCUGGAGCAGAUCGGCCGGAGGCGGCUUCGCUCGACCGGCGCCGCUCAGCCGUCCGCCGUCACCGCGGGCGCCGCGGGCGAUGGAUCUUCAGUUAAAGAAGUUGAAACAUACCACCGGACACGUGCCUUAAGAUCUUUGAAAAAGAAUGCACAGAAUUCCUCAAAUUCUAGUUUUGAUAAGAAUAUGGAGCUAACAGAGAAACAUACUAAUGGCAGACAUUUUACAAGACAGUUGGCCAGACAGCAGGCAGACAAAAAAAAGGAAGAGAGCAAAGAAGAUAAAGUGAUUCCAGUUACUUCAUCAUCAAGGACUAGAAACAUUGUUCAAACUACAAAACACUUGCAUGAAGAGAAUGGUGAUGUAGAAGUCCGCCGCAGCUGUAGGAUUAGAAGUCGUUAUGGUGCUGUGAACCAGUCUGUACUAUUUGAUAAACUUAUAACAAACACUGCUGAAGCUGUACUUCAAAAAAUGGAUGACAUGAAGAAGAUGCGCAGACAGCGAAUGAGAGAACUUGAAGACUUGGGAGUGUUCAAUGAAACAGAAGAAGGGGAUCUUAAUAUGUACACAAGAGGAAAACAGAAAGAUAUUCAAAGAACUGAUGAAGAAACAACCGACAAUCAAGAAGGCAGUGCAGAAUCAUCUGAAGAGGGGGAAGACCAAGAAGAUGAAGAUGAAGACGAAGACGAAGAUGAAGAUGAAGAUGAAGACGAAGAUGAUGAUGAUGAUGAUGAUGAUGAAGAUGAAGAUGAAGAAGAUGGAGAAGAAGAUAAUCAGAAACGAUACUACCUUAGACAGAGAAAAGCCACUGUUUAUUACCAAGCUCCAUCAGAAAAACCUCGUCACCAGAGAAAGCCCAACAUAUUUUAUAGUGGCCCAGCUUCUCCUGCAAGAUCAAGAUACCGAUUAUCUUCUGCAGGACCAAGAAGUCCUUAUUGUAAACGAAUGAACAGGCGAAGACAUGCAAUCCACAGUAGUGACUCUACUUCUUCUUCUUCUUCUGAAGAUGAACAACAGUUUGAGAGACGAAGAAAAAGGAGCCGUAAUAGAGCUAUCAACAGAUGCCUCCCACUAAAUUUUCGGAAAGAUGAAUUAAAAGGAAUUUAUAAAGAUCGAAUGAAAAUUGGAGCAAGUCUUGCUGAUGUUGAUCCAAUGCAACUUGAUUCUUCGGUACGAUUUGAUAGCAUUGGAGGCCUGUCUAAUCAUAUUGCAGCUCUAAAAGAAAUGGUGGUGUUUCCACUACUUUAUCCAGAAGUCUUUGAGAAAUUCAAAAUUCAACCUCCAAGGGGUUGUUUAUUUUAUGGUCCACCUGGAACUGGGAAAACUCUGGUGGCUAGAGCACUUGCCAAUGAGUGCAGUCAAGGAGAUAAGAGAGUAGCAUUUUUCAUGAGGAAAGGUGCUGAUUGUCUGAGUAAAUGGGUAGGCGAGUCUGAAAGACAGCUACGAUUGCUAUUUGAUCAGGCCUAUCAGAUGCGCCCAUCAAUUAUUUUCUUUGAUGAAAUCGAUGGUCUGGCUCCAGUACGUUCAAGCAGGCAAGAUCAAAUUCACAGUUCUAUUGUUUCCACACUGCUAGCUCUAAUGGAUGGACUGGACAGCAGAGGGGAAAUUGUGGUCAUUGGUGCUACCAACAGACUGGAUUCUAUUGAUCCUGCUCUUCGAAGGCCUGGUCGCUUUGACAGAGAAUUCCUUUUCAGUUUACCUGAUAAAGAUGCCCGAAAAGAAAUUCUAAAGAUUCAUACCAGGGAUUGGAAUCCUAAACCAUUGGACAUCUUUCUAGAAGAACUAGCAGAAAACUGUGUUGGCUACUGUGGUGCAGAUAUUAAAUCAAUAUGUUCUGAAGCUGCUCUGUGUGCUCUACGUCGACGUUACCCACAGAUCUAUACCACUAGUGAGAAACUACAGUUGGAUCUCUCUUCAAUUAGUAUUUCUGCUAAGGAUUUUGAGGUAGCUAUGCAAAAGAUGACACCAGCCUCCCAAAGAGCUGUGACACCCCCUGGGCAGGCACUGUCCACCAUUGUGAAACCCCUGCUGCAAAGUACUGUUCACAAGAUCUUAGAAGCCCUGCAGAAAGUAUUUCCACAUGCAGAAAUCAGUACAAGGAAAGCAUUAGAAUCAGAUAUUUCUUGUCCUCUGCUAGAAAGUGAUUUGGCAUACAGUGAUGAUGAUGUUCCAUCAGUGUAUGAAAAUGGGCUGUCUCAAAAAUCCUUUAAUAAGGCAAAAGAAAAUUUUAAUUUUCUCCAUUUAAAUAGAAAUGCUUGUUAUCAACCUAUGUCUUUUCGACCAAGAAUCCUGAUUGUAGGAGAACCAGGAUUUGGGCAAAGUUCUCAUUUGGCACCCGCAGUCAUUCAUGCUUUGGAAAAAUUUGCAGUGUAUACAUUAGACAUUCCUGUUCUUUUUGGAGUCAGUGCUACAUCUCCAGAAGAAACAUGUGCUCAGAUGAUUCGUGAAGCCAAGAGAACAGCACCAAGUAUAGUAUAUGUUCCUCAUAUUCACUUGUGGUGGGAAAUAGUUGGACCCACACUGAAAGCCACUUUUACCACAUUGUUACAGAAUAUUCCUUCAUUUGCUCCAGUUUUACUACUUGCAACUUCGGACAAACCCCAUUCUAUUCUGCCAGAAGAGGUACAAGAAUUAUUUAUUCAUGAUUAUGGAGAAAUUUUUAAUGUCCAGUUACCUGGUAAAGAAGAACGAACAAAAUUCUUUGAAGAUUUAAUUAUAAAGCAAGCUGCUAAGCCUCCUAUAUCAAAAAAGAAAGCAGUUUUGCAGGCCUUAGAGGUACUCCCAGUAGCACCACCACCUGAGCCAAGACCAAUGACAGCAGAAGAAGUGAAACGACUAGAAGAACAAGAAGAAGAUACCUUUAGAGAACUGAGAAUUUUCUUAAGAAAUGUUACACAUAGACUUGCUAUUGAUAAGCGAUUCAGAGUAUUUACUAAACCUGUUGAUCUUGAUGAGGUUCCUGAUUAUGUCACUGUAAUAAAGCAACCAAUGGACCUCUCAUCUGUAAUCAGUAAAAUUGAUCUCCACAAAUACCUGACUGUAAAAGACUAUUUGAGUGAUAUUGAUCUAAUCUGUAGUAAUGCCUUGGAAUACAAUCCGGAUAGAGAUCCUGGAGAUCGUCUUAUUAGACAUAGAGCCUGUGCUUUAAGAGAUACUGCCUAUGCAAUAAUUAAGGAAGAACUUGAUGAAGACUUUGAGCAACUUUGUGAAGAAAUUCAGGAAUCUAGAAAAAAAAGAGGUUGUAGUUCUUCCAAAUAUGCCCCAUCUUACUACCAUGUGAUGCCAAAGCAAAAUUCCAUUCCUGUUGAUAAAAGAUCAGAUCCAGAGCAGAAUGAGAAGCUAAAGGCACCCAGUACUCCUGUGGCUUGCAGUACUCCAGCUCAGUUGAAGAGAAAAAUCCGCAAAAAGUCGAAGUGGCAUUUAGGCAAUAUAACAAAACGAAGGAGGAUUUCUCAAGCAAAAGAUGAUGGCCAAAAUGUUGUGGAUGACAAAAUUGAGAGUGAUACAGAGGAAAAUCAAGAUACAAGUGUAGAUCACAAUGAGACGGGAAACACAGGAGAAUCUUCAAUGGAAGAAAGUGAGAAGCAGCAAAAUGCUUCUGAAAGCAAAACAGAAUUGGGAAAUAAUACUUGUAGUAUUGAGAAUGAACUUGAAGAAUCAAGGAAGACUGUAGUAUAUCCAGAAUCGAGGAAAGAUAAAAUUGCUUGCAAUGGAGAUACGUCUAGCUCUCACAUAGUAGAUAUUUCUGAUGAAAAUGAAACAAAAGAAAUGUGUGUUCUGCGAAUGACUCGAGCUAGACGAUCCCAAGUAGAGCAACAGCAGCUCAUCAGUGUUGAGAAGGCUCUGGCAAUUCUUUCUCAGCCUACACCCUCACUUGUUGUGGACCAUGAGCGGUUAAAAAAUCUUUUGAAGACAGUUAUUAAAAAAAGUCAAGACUAUAAUAUUUUUCAGUUGGAAAAUUUGUAUGCAGUGAUCAGUCAGUGCAUUUACCAGCAUCGCAGGGACUAUGACAAAACAUCACUUAUUCAGAAAAUGGAACAAGAGGUUGAAAAUUUCAGUUGUUCCAGAUCAUGACAUCAUGGUAUGGAAUAUUUUUUGUAUUCCAGUUCCUAUUGCUUCACCUUUCUCAUGCCUGCAUAACUGAAAGUGAAAUUCUGCAUUUUUAAGAAAAAGAGUAAAUAACAAUAUUUAAAAUUCCUUAGUAUUUAUGUACAUGUGUAAGAUAAAAAAAAUGAUAAAUAUUGAAGUUGAACAAGGCACUAUGAUGUGAGUAAUGCUUUGGCUUGUCAGUUGAAGUGUGGCCUCCUCUUAAUAAAAUUAUUUUGAUAACUAAUGUUUUUUGACAACUAAUGAUAACUAAUGUCAACAAGUAAUGGGUGACAUUGACAUGUUUUGGUUUAAGCACUUUUAAUUUUAUCCUUCCUAAAAAGUUUAUUGUAUAAAACUAGAAACAUCACUUGUGUUUUGCCAUUCUUUUAUUAUCUUUAUUUUCUUUAAUGGCCAUUUCCUGCUUCCUUUCUGCUUCCCUUCUCCAUCCACAGUGUUCAGGUCAUGAUUUUCAGGGCCGUGUUGGACAAGUUCUGGCUGUACUCUCGUUACUCAAAAUUAAUGCUUUUUAAAUAAACAUUUUUAUAAUUCUAAUUUGGGUUAA